CGGGCUCACGUUGCCCGGCAGCCGCAGCCUAUGGGGGCGCGGGGCGCUGUCACGUGCCCGAGCCCCGCUCGCCGCUGCGGAGCCGGAGGAGCCGGACGGGGCCGGGCCGGGCCGGGGGCUGCGGCGGGGCCGGCGGCCGGCGGGGUGAAUUACAGAAAGUGACUCUCGGAGCAUCUUGGCUUUAUGAACUCUUGAGCUGUCAAGGGACUGAGAGGCUUAUGAAGAGGUUCUGUCAGGCAAAACAGCGCUUAGCAAAGACACCAAGGAGGAGGGAAAAGGAGAAAGGAAGAGAAAAGCUGAAACACUAACAAACCAUGAGAUCUAUCCGAUCUUUUGCUAACGAUGACCGCCAUGUUAUGGUGAAACAUUCAACCAUUUAUCCAUCUCCAGAAGAACUUGAAGCUGUCCAGAACAUGGUAUCAACAGUAGAAUGUGCCCUUAAACAUGUCUCUGACUGGUUGGAUGAAAAGAACAAGUCUGCAAAAUGUGAGGGUGACGUGGAAGCAGAGGAAGCUGCAGAAAGCAAUGCCAAGGAUCAAAGUGGUCGGACCUUGUGUGGUGUUAUGAGAAUUGGCUUGGUUGCAAAGGGCUUGCUGAUAAAAGAUGAUAUGGAUUUGGAGCUGGUUCUCAUGUGCAAAGAAAAACCCACAAAGACGUUGUUAUGUAUAGUCAAAGACAAUCUCCCAGUUCAAAUUCAGAAACUUACAGAAGAGAAGUAUCUCGUGGAGGAGCAUGUAAAUGAGGCAGCUAUUAUUAUUCGUAACACAAAGGAGCCCAAGCUAACCUUGAAGGUGAUACUUACAUCCCCUCUCAUUCGAGAUGAAGCAGAGAAGAAGGAAGGAGUAGAUAAUGUUGCGAUGAAAGAUCCUCCGGACUUAUUGGACAGGCAGAAAUGCCUGGAGGCCUUGGCGUCUCUGCGGCACGCCAAAUGGUUUCAGGCCAGGGCAAAUGGACUAAAAUCAUGUGUAAUUGUGCUUCGUAUUCUACGGGAUUUGUGCAACAGAGUCCCCACAUGGGCACCACUGAAAGGAUGGCCACUCGAGCUUAUAUGUGAAAAAUCUAUAGGUACUUGUAAUAGACCUUUGGGCGCUGGGGAAGCAUUACGACGAGUGAUGGAGUGUUUGGCAUCUGGAAUUCUGCUUCCUGGAGGCCCUGGUCUGCAUGACCCCUGUGAACGGGAGCCAACAGAUGCUUUGUCGUAUAUGACAGUUCAGCAAAAAGAAGCCAUUACGCAUAGUGCUCAGCAUGCCCUCAGAUUAUCAGCCUUUGGUCAGAUCUAUAAGGUUUUGGAAAUGGAUCCUCUCCCAUCAAAUAAGUCAUUUCAGAAAUAUUCCUGGUCAGUAACUGACAAAGAAGGUACAGGCUCAUCUGCUCUCAAGAGACCAUUUGAAGAUGGUGUUGGGGAUGAGAAAGAUCCAAAUAAAAAGAUGAAGCGUAAUCUGAGGAAAAUACUAGAUAGUAAAGCAAUAGAUCUCAUGAAUGCUCUGAUGAGGCUGAACCAAAUCAGGCCAGGGCUUCAGUAUAAGCUGCUGUCACAGUCUGGUCCAGUCCAUGCCCCAGUCUUCACAAUGUCUGUAGAUGUUGACGGUACGACAUAUGAAGCAUCAGGACCUUCUAAGAAAACAGCCAAGCUCCAUGUGGCAGUGAAGGUUUUACAAGCAAUGGGGUAUCCAACUGGUUUUGAUGCAGAUGUUGAGUGUGUAAGUUCUGAUGAAAAAUCAGAUACCGAAGGCAAAAAUGAAACAGUGUCUUCAAUCUCAAGCAAUAAUACUGGAAAUUCUACAUCUGACACCUCCACUACCCUAGAGGUAAGAACUCAGGGUCCUAUACUGACAGCAAGUGGCAAAAACCCAGUGAUGGAGCUUAAUGAAAAAAGAAGAGGUCUGAAGUAUGAGCUCAUCUCUGAGACGGGUGGAAGCCAUGACAAGCGCUUUGUGAUGGAGGUAGAAGUAGAUGGCCAGAAAUUCAGAGGUGCAGGUCCAAAUAAGAAAGUAGCAAAAGCAAGCGCUGCAUUAGCUGCACUUGAGAAACUGUUUUCUGGGCCUAAUGCAGCAAACAACAAGAAGAAGAAGAUUCUUCCUCAGACUAAAGGGGUUGUCAAUACAGCUGUUUCGGCAGCAGUCCAGGCUGUUCGAGGUAGAGGAAGAGGUGCUUUAACACGAGGGGCAUUUGUUGGGGCAGCUGCUGCUACUGGAUACAUAACACCAGGCUAUGGAGCACCAUAUGGGUAUAGUACAGCUGCGCCAGCUUACGCCAUAUGCACUUGUAUAAAAUAAGCAGAAAUGUAAUGACUGUAAGCUGAGAUCGUGAUGUAAAAGGUAAGAAAUUUUAUUUUAAGCUUAAAGAAUAUUUUUAUUGAUUUUUUCUAAAAAUCUCACAUACCUGUGACAAUCUUGUAUAUGGCAGAUUUUUAUUAUGUUUUGUUUAACUGUAAACAAGUAAUAUGCAGUUUUGGAUUCCAACUUCAUGUUUUUCAAGGCCACUUCAAAUAUUCCAGUUUCAGUUAAUAAUAUAUAUAUUUCUUAAUACUUUUAAGAAAUAGUUUGGUUUUAUCAACAGACUGUUCUUCAGAUACCUUUCUCUAGCACAGCCUAAAAAGCUGUAUUGAUAAUGCUGUGUAUCAGGCACCGCAUUCCUUGCAUACUUGUGGAAAACAUUUAGGUAGGUACUAAAGCCUGGCCAUGGCCUGUACUGAAAGCCAUACCAUGGUUACAGUUAUGUGAAAUAAAAAUGUGAAGUGGAAUGUGUGGUAUUAUCUAACUAACAAGAGAGAAAUUAUUUCCCUAAACUAAUAAAGCCAAACUCCAAACGGAGAAUGAAAGACUUUGAUGAUGUUAGUUUAAAUCUGCAGAGAUCAAAUUACAUUAGGCCAAAUUAAUUCAUGAAGCAGCCAGGUUUGCUUUCCUCUUGUGGGUGCAGUGGGAGGAGAGGAAGGCAGGCAGGAAAAGAUCUAACUGUGCAUGAAUAAAUUGUUUGGCUGUAGUUUUCUAAAGCUAGAAAUUAAGACAGGGGCCUCCAUAAAUAAUUAUCUUCAGUUCUGUAGUAAAUGUUUUAGAUGAUAUUUUACUUGGAGUAAAAUGAUUUUGGAUUAUGACUUAUAUGGUGCACAUGAUAUGUGUAGUUUUAAGAUAUUUGUUUUUUUAAUUUGCAUUUAUAUAACCUUACAUUAUGCAAGAUUGCAUAGCACAGUACUGCACAACUGCAGUACCUGCAGUACUUGAAGUUGCUGGAAACAACUCUUUUAUAUUAAAAAAAAAAAAAAAAGCAAAAAAAAAAGCAGGGGAUUGAUGAUGUAUUAGUGUUUUAGGGUCUCAAUUCAGAUAUGAAAGCAUUAAAAAACCCUGACUAUCACAGUUUAUACUGAUGUAAAACAGAAAAAUACUUGGUAUGAAAUAUGUAGUAAAUCAAGUCUAAAGCUUGUUGUUUUGCAUCAAAAUAUAACAGCAAAAAUAAACUAUGUUUCUUUUCAAUAUUGAAAAUACCAAAUUCAGUAAAUAACUGCAUGUGUAGGUUCUCCAUAACUCAGGAUAUGCCUGGAUAAAGUACGUAGGUUGAUGUAGAAAAAUAGCUGUCAAAUAUUGUUGGUUUUAGUGAUGUUGGAGGAAACCGGAUGUUGCAAGUGGCCUAUGUAUCUGCACCUGGAGAAAUUUAAGUUCAGGAACUUUACCAGUGACUUGCCCACCAAAGCACAUAACUGUUUGAUUACAUUUGCAGGUGCAAUUGAUGAGCCAUCAGCAUGACCUUUCUGUUUGGUGGUGCAGAUUUUCAUCUGCUGUUAUCUUCAAGGUAUAAAUACAGGGUUUGGUCUGAAGCUCACUUAAUGUUCAAUUAUUUGUUCAGCCUUGUAAGGCAAAGCAAUCCUGAUAGUGGAGCAGCAGGCUGCUCAGUUUCCUCUGAAAGACAGUGUUUUAUAUGCUUCAAGGCGAUGUUAAGGCACAUUAUAAUGAACUUCUCUUGAGUAUUCCUUUUGUAGGUUUAACUGAUAACAGUCUGACAAGCAGCUUAUCUGUCCAGUUCAAGGACUGAUUAAUAACUUCUUAACUGACUUCUUUGAUCUCUCUUUGUGGCCUGGAUUUGGCAGCUUUAUCCAUUUGUAUUGGUUUGCAUCAGCAUUGUUUUGACUGUGAAUUUCCAUAUUUUUCUGUCAUUACCCUUUUAACUCUUAGAAUUGUAAGCAUUCUGCCCUUCUGCUUUUUUGGCAUUUUCACUUUCUUGGAUCUUCUCCUCUUUUUCAAUGAAAAGAUACUAAAUUUCUUUGGUAUAUUUUUGCUCAGUAGACAAACACUUAGGUCCCAAAAUUGUCCCCUUGGCUUUGCUGCAUGCCUUCGCAAUAGGAAGGACACCAUUUCCUGACAUGAAGUACACGCUGUACUUGAAACUCCUAAAUCCUGGUUUUGAAGCCAUUUGGAGUUAGUGACAAGACCCUAAUGUGGGUGCUAGGACUGCCUAGUGCCUAGGACUGUCUCAUUCAUGGUUGUACUUGAGCAAAACAUUCACAUGUUCUGAAACAUCUUUCAUGUAGGUUCCACAAGUGCCUAAUACAUUGGCAUUUGAGAGAACUGUUACGGACUGCAUUCUAUUCCAGCAGGUAUUAACCUAACCAAAAUACCAGGCUAUUAUUUGAUGAGUGAUUUGAAUAACAUCUACUUGAUCAAUGUCAUCACAGCCACUGUUCUGCUAAGGCAGAAUUAGAAACUGCUUUCUUUUGCCUAACACUUUCAGGUUUCCUUCGAAAAUCCACCUCACCAAGAGAAUGGUCUGAAGUGCCUUUUCUGAGAGAUUGAGAUCUGUUAGUUGAUGGCUACCAAGCUUUGUCCUUCUGGAUAUAUAAAGCAGUCAAUGUGGAAACCUGGUUCUAUGUGCUCUGUGUAGCUGCUGCUAUCUUUGCCAAUUCUGCAGUACCAUUUAUGUGAAGCAAAAAUAUUUUACAGUUUGAAUUUCUGGUUCACGGAAAAGAAUUCUGAAAAAGUUCCUUUGAACUACUACAUAUCAAUAGGACACUUGGGAAAGUCUGUAUCUAUUCACUUCCCACCUUAAUUCUAGUUUUAGCUAACCAGAUGCCAGUAUGUAUUUUGGGAGAUGAUGUCUGGCACUUAAAGGAUUAAAAGAAACCAGAGCUUUACAAUGAAAAACUGACCUGUUUAGUGUGUUACCUGGACUAGAGAUGAAUGGCAUUAACAAUGACUUUGGAAGUAUAAAUAUGAACUUGGGUGGCCUGGUUGGUUGACGUGGAGGGAAGUGAGGCUAUUUACAGAAUAGCAAGAUUAAAAUACAGGCUGUUCUUUGUUUACUUUUAUAUAGCUGUUCUUGCAUACAAAUCCACAAUCACACACAGUGGCUUUCCCUUUCUAACAGUUUGGAUUUUCUAGAACCAUGUGAGGGAGAAAUGUACAAGCAGCCUUUUGAGUUGUCAGAUUGGUAUCUGAAGCGGCCGUGCAGGACAGCAGUCUUCACAGAUGGAAACCUCUAAGUACAGUAUACUGCUAGCCAUACCUCAGCAUUUUUCUUCCUGAUGGUUGAAUGGCAGCUGGAAUGGUUGUCAUUUUCCCAGAUAGGAAACUGUGACUUGUGAAGAAAUAACAUAUUUGACAAGGGAACUUAAAUCCUACUUUGCCAGCUACAUGAAAUUUCUACAGGCACGUUCUGUCUAAAGAAGGGUUUAAGGCAACAAGGUGACUUUGGAAGGAAAGUGUUAUCUUGAGCUAGUGUCUUAAUUGUACAUGAGACAAACACCAUACAAAAAUCUGCCUAAACCUUUUGAGACAUAAUUCCAUCACCAGCCUUUGCUUGAAAGCCUGUACAUUAAAGUACCAGGGUUGAAUGACUGUGAAAGGACUUGGCGAGCUGAAAGCAUGGCACACGAUGCUUCCUGCCAUCGUAUCCUCUCUCUGCCAGUGCUUGCUGUCUACUUUACGCAUGCAUUCUGGAGCUGGAACAUGGUGACCUUAUUCCUGGGCAUUGAGCCAUACAGAUGGAGGGAGGCCAGCCUAUACCCAUGAAGGGACUGUGUAACACGCGGCCUCUGUUGCCCAAGCAAUUUCUCUUGGACACAGUACACAAUCCAACCCUCACAAAGGCAAUUUAGUGCCUGGGUAGGUGGUUCCUAAUCUGUCUAAUUUGCUGUCAUGCAGCCAAUGUGAGUUAAUUAGAUGAUUCAGCAAUUGUCGUGGUUCCCAGUUAAUGUGCUGUAAACCCUGCUGCCCUAAGUUUCACUGGAGCUGAAUCCCUUUGCUUCUGUGAAUGCUGUGCUUCCCGCUGCCUUUUCUGAUCUCCUCUAGCGUUCCAGUAAAUAACCAAGUCUCUGAAGUUACAGAAUCUUUAUGUAGCUGUUUCUAGAUUGUUGAGAAUUUCUAAUAAGCCAAUGAAAAGCUUUAGGGAACAAGUUUUCCUACAAACUUAUUAAUGUGCCAAGACACUACUAUUUUUACUCAUAUGCAAACAUCUGUGAGAAAUACUCUGGUAUCUCUGAUCACUUGAAAGGGCACUAGUACUCAUUCUUUAAGGAUACUUGUCUUCUGGCAGAAAAAAUAGAUUUAUUUAAUGUUUGUCUUAGUUCUAAAAUUAUUUGUGCAUUUUUCCUUUCAUUGGACUACUAAGAGAAAUUUCCCUGACCACAAGUUUCUUGUAUUAAUAGGAAGUAGAAAAUGAAGGAGUGGCAUGAAGACUUUUCAGGUGUUCUAAGAAAAAAAAUCUCCUUGUUUGGCUGUUCAACUAUGGGACACCAAUCUCCUGGCAAUUCUAAAAUUCCAAGAUAGCAAUAAACGUGAGCAGCUUCAAUGUACUAUAUUUGAUCCAAUCCAGCAAUGUCCUCAGAGAACGAGUCUGACAGUCCCUGUGUUUUCAGUCACUGAUCUCUGACAGAAACAGUGUAGAAGCACAUGGGUCCCUAGCUUUGUUUUUAAUUCUCCAUCUGUACUUAAAGAGUCCAUGGGUCAUCACAGUCUAGCAAUGAGAUUCCCAAACAUCUCACCAGAACUAUGUAAACUAAGAGCUAGCACAACAUUAUAAUAUUUGAGUCUUAGACAAAAUUCCAAGUUUCCCUCUGCAUCCUUUGCUCUGUAGGCUAAGAUACAAUCAUUUUGUAUUAGAACUUAGUGCCUUUAGAUAAAUCCUCUGUAGUCAGUUGCUUGCUAAUAAUUAAAGGGAAAAAUAUGUCUUCCACCUUCAAAUGAGUUCCAAGUCACAUCAGCAGCUUACAAAAAAAAGGCUCCUACUUCCUGAGGCUCUGGGAAAUAGCACAAGACCUCUGCCAGGGCAGAUUCUUUUGGAUACAUGAUGAGAUACACAAAUAUAAAGUUUAGACUGCUGUUCUCAGUCAUGAAUCACACUGGGGCCUCUUCUCUGGCAACAAAAGAAUGAAAAUGAGGUCUCUGCUGGACUUACAGAGAAGUUCUGUUAACGUACAGUUGUACUGUCUUAAGAACCAGUAACUGAGCUUGAAUUUUCAGGACACAGACCCUCUCAAGUGUCCUGCUGGAAGAAGUUACGGAAAAAUUAGAUACUUUGCUGACUUGUUUAAAGAGAUGCAAAGGUAUAGCAUAGUUGCAGCCACUAUUCUUAGUAUAUAGACAGCUUGUCUAACAGCUCAUUGGUUCCAGUCUCCUGUUUUAGGAGAUCUGGUUUGCUGUGAAACUGAGUCCUACUGUAAAGUAGAAAUGCUGUUGCAGUCAUUUUAGAGCAAUUCACUGAAGAAACUCAGCACUGGAGUCCUACCCUUACAGGUUGUGGCAGCAGUUUUCACCUCUAUUUUCUUUUGAACAUUAACCACUUCAGCUGGUAAUUUAUUGUUUGACAUUAAGAGAAUUCACAUCACAAAGCUGCUUUAUUACUUAACCCCUGAAGUUAAGUCUCCUUAGCUUAACUUCUCUCAUCUAAUUCCAUACCUAUCUGUGUGUAGGUUCUUUAGUGCCCCAAGACAUCUUUCUGUUUCCCACUGUACUCACAGAAACAAGAGUUAUUCAGUUAUUUAUGUGCAACUGAUGUUCAAGAUAAUAAAACAGCAUGAAUAGGACACAUACAGACCUGUUCCUCUAGCCUGGUGUUUUCUAUGAGAGAGGAUGCUCUUUCUGCUAGACCUGUCUAAUACUGUGUAGGCAGUGCAAUAGCUUAUUAAAAGUAGUUCUGUGAUCUUUUUAAUAAAAAAGUUCAUCUUAUAUUAAGAUUUAAAUUCAGUAUUUUUUUCUCCAAGUUCUGUGGCUAUGUGAAAACAUUCAGACUAAAUGCUUACCUUGACACUUAAGAGGAGUUGAGUAAUCUAAAGUGCUAAGUAGAGAUGUACAGUUCUAAAUCUAAUUUCUUAUGUUGUAUGUUGUUUUAACUUGUAUUCGGUGCCUUAACUCUGUACAAUCUAAUGUUAUCUAUACUGUACCACAGGUAGUUUAGUGGGUAAGUGUAUUUUAAAAGAAGUCAUCAAGCUAGGCUACAGAAACUGUAGCAAGGACAAGCCUUCUCAGUGUGAGUUCUCCUGCAUGUUUAACUAAUAAUCCACUGAUAAACAAAACCUGAAGAAUUUAAAGACUAUAUAAACUUUUUAACUACGAAAUGGGACUGAAUGUAUCCAAUUUCCAACUUCAAAGGUUUGUGGCAAUGAGAUAAAGGUACAAUCUCUUCUAUGUUGUGUAAGUAAACUUCAAACUGGCCAGAAGUGUGUGUUUGUGAAAACCUACGGACUCUUAUCUUUACUAGAACAAAUUGCACUAGAAGGUAUUAACUGAAUGUAGUUUAGAAGGGUAUUAAUGGAAUGUAGUCUAUUAUCCUUUAUCCACUGGUACAGGGGGCUUGGAAUGAGUCAGACUUGCAGUUAAUGUUUAAGUCCAAAAUAGUAUGUGAACUUAAGCCUCAUUCCUGCCUCUUACCUGAAUCUAGAAGCUCCAGGUGCCUUAUGCUGCUUUGCAGUUUGCAAGGUGUAGCACAGCUUCUACUUGAACACACAUUUGCUUGCUGAAUGCACCUGGUCCUGGUAGAAUGGACUGAGGCAGGAGAGAGAGAGAGAGAAGAAAACAAUGAAGGUAGAGUGCACCUCUCCAGUCUUAGGUUAAGUAGACAAGGAAGAUGCACGGAAAGCUGCACUGCCUUUUCCAAGGCCAUAAAUACAGUCUCUGGAAAAAACAGGACAUUUGUCUAUGGUGGUAAAUCAGCAGCCUUAGUACACCAAGAGCAAUGAGGAAAUGGUAUUGUUUUUUCUAUAGCUUGUAUGAAAUUAGAUAAGAGAUUUAAGCUACCCAUAUUACAAGCUAAAAAUCUGCUGGAGCAGAUUAUACUUUUUUCCUGCUUCAAUAAACAGGUAUAGGUUGGAAAGAGGAACAGGAGCAAUCCAAUGAAUCACAAAAGGGUUUGAGUUGGAAGGGACCUUAAAUAUUACCUAAUUCCAACCCCCUGCCAUGGGCAGGGACAUCUCCCACUAGACCAGGAUACUCCAAGCCCAUUCUUCAUAUCUAAUCUAAAGCUACCCACUUGUAGUUUAAAAUUGUAUUUGCUGAUGCAUUGUUAUCCGCAACAGGGAGACUCCUCCAUGCAGUAUAUAAAGCAUACAACUGAAUUUUGUCAGGGAAAGGAAUACUAGUAAUUUUCCCUAAAGGAAUACUAGUAACUUAUUGAUACAAUGACCAUGGUAUUCUAGACAACCUGCCUUUGAGAAGAGCAGCAUGGUAACAAAGGAAAGCUGAUACUGCUCCCACAGCUACAUGUUGUAAUGUACAUACUUCAGGUCACUAAUACUGGCAUAACUAGUUAUGACAAGAUCAGUUCAUCUUACCAGAAAAGACAUUUUAUCUGCUUCUAUCUUUUAAGCUACAAGGGAGUUAAUUAUAGCACAGUAAUUUUUCUAAGGCAGUAGAGCAGAAGGUAAGUUUCAGCUUUGUGCUUCGAAACUGCUGCAAAUAAGUUAAUUAACAGUGUUCCAUGGAAACAACCUGACGUACUUAUUUAUUUUCUUUGUGCUCAUUUCUGUGUUCUUAGAAAAGCACAAGCUUCUAUAAGCAUAAUCAACACAAAGUUACUCAGGGUACUGUGUCAUCUCAGCAGUGGACACCAACUUGCAUCUUCAGUCAACAGGCACAUGUAAAUCAAGCUUAAUUAAGCGGAACAGAACAUCUUGGCAGGUUUGCUUUACUACUGGCACUGUUACAAUUUAAUGAUCUAUGCAUAUGGAAAUAUGCGUAUUCCUGCACUCCCAGUAUAAGUUAGAGUUCUGCAAGAUCAUCCUGCAACAAAGUAAAAUGUGGUCAGUGUAGAAGCAAGUAUUAUUUCCUCGUUAUUUCCAUAAAGGGCUGUUUAUAAGCAGUUGCAAAGUGAUACUACUCAAAGCAGAAUAGCUGUGCGCUGAAGAGCACAGCUAUUGGAAAAUUAGUAGUGAUAUAAAUUUAAUAACGAAACAACUCUACCAUACAGAUUAUUUCCUGUGUUUUCAAACUAGUAUCCCUGCUUCCCUGCUCAAAGUAACAGGAUAAGACAAGUGUAGUUUUCCAGUAACACGUAUUGCAUGGAAAUGUACUGGACGAAAAUGGAGGCUGUACUGCUGAGAGCAUAUUCUACUAUACAGAGCCAUUCUCUGGGCAAUGCUGCAUAAUUUAAGAGUGGGUAAACAUGCCUUCAGGGACAACAGAACACCAAACAGAUGUUUUUUUGUUUUUUUUUUUUUAAAUACACAAAAAAAAUCAAAACAAAAACCAGAAAAAAGCCUUGAAGCUUUGUCCAGUCAUACACCUAUUCUUCCCUGAAAAAAAUAGACAGGUACAUCCAGAUGUGCUUAGUGAGUUACAAACCAGGUGACACAAAGGCCCUUAAGGAUGAGUGUUUUACAGAUAGUCUCCUUUUGGCCGGAAAAGAAAGGAAGUUGACGCCGUCUUCCAGUUCCAAAGCUCAGUGUCUUAUUUCUGAUCCUAACCCUAGAGCAGUAUUUAUUGAUCAAACUGACUAAGCUUUUUAGGUCGAUGAGCUCUCCGCAAAGCAAUUCUGUUCUCCUCUCAAGCCUCUGCAGGGGCCAACAACUGGUGCUUAACUACUGCUUCCACUGCAGAAUGUCACCUGUCCUCCAGCUGGCCCAGGCAUUCUGGGACACUUGCACUUCUCAGAGCAGCGCUGCUGUGGGGGCACCCAGCAGAAGUGCUGCAGUAACACAGCAGCACAACCCCCGCUGGGCUGUAUGCUUUCUCAAGUCCCACCCAGGUCUUAGUGACAAAGCUGAGCAUGAAACCUGUACCGCCAAAACUCCUGCCCUUUAAUGAGGACAUCUAUGGGAAGGAGAUGUGAAUCUGGUGACUUUGAGGAAAGGUUGGUGUCUUCCAAGUCCAACUCAUCUCACAAUUCUUUUGUUCCCCAAACAGUUGAGCUUCCAUCCACCAUUCACUGUCAGUCUAAUUUGUUCAAAUAAUUACUGCUAAUUUGGGCUAAAAUACCCCCUUGUGUAACCCAAACUACCACCACCAAUCCACCUGAAGAAUUUUUUUUUUAAACAAAGGAUCAUCUGGAGGCAGAUCACUGCUAAGAGUAUGCAUACUGCAAGGCAGACAGGAGCUCUGGCAAUGCAGUGCAGUGCUCCUUUUCUGAUGACAAUUACGCCUACAAGACAAGAAAAAGACUGAGGCAGUGCUUUGGGGCAGUGUUUCAUGCUCAGCAAGUUCGCAGAGGGAAGGAAUGCAAUUCUAUAAAUCACUUGUACUGUAUUUCUGUUUCUAGACUUGAAUGAAUUUCACUUUUCCUUUGUGGGUCAGCAUAGUAAACAUUAAAGAAAAGGACUAUUUUUAUAAAUCUCUUUCACCAAUAGAGAGGUCUGACCUGCAGCCACCAGAUGGACUUAAUUAUCCAUAGAGGACAGAGUGUUUAUUUUUACACUAAGAUUACGUAUGAUAUUGAAUAAUACAAAAUAUGGCCUUUGAACUAUCUAAACCUUAAAUCCUAUCACCAAAUUCCAUAAGUUAAGUAAUACGGUGGACAAUUCCAUCCUUCUUCCUAAUAAGUCUCCCUCUCAAAAGAAGUUACUCAGAAAUAAAUUUCCGAAUGAAGUACAGGAGAUCCUUGUGGUCUAAUUACAGAAUACUUUACAAAUCAGGAGGCAUCUUAAAUAUUUUUAAUAAAGUGAGCUGUACGUACUCACUAGCUAAAAAAGCCUGCAAAUGUAAAGUAAAUGGAAUGCUCUUUGGACAUGAAGUUGCUUCCUCAUGUGAUGCUGUACCCAGUACACUUGGCUUCAUUUGGCUUCUGUGUUGUGGUUUAUAUGCCAGCCACUGUUCUGAACUGUACACAACACCGAUAUUUGCACUGUAACCUUGAUUCAUUUGCCACUGAUUGUAACCCAAUGCUACGGACUUCUCUGUAUAUAAAACCAUAACCAUGUCCCAUUUGCUUCCAAUAGCACACAAUAAAGGCUUAUCUCUGUAAAUGGGAA